CAAAUCUGCUGAUAACAUGUUUUUAAUGGUGUAUAAAUUAAAUUGUGUCUAAAAGCUAGCUUCAUUUACUAAAAAACAAGUGUUAAAAAUGAAGUCAUUUAUAUCGUUAAUAUUUUUUACUGUUGUGUUAAACAAAGCCUGUGGUCUACCCAUACAGAACAUUGCAAAUGGAAACCCAUACCUGCUAAAUAACUUAGCGAUGAACAAUUUGAUGCCAGUAGGAUUUCCCAGCGCUGCAAACGCCAAUAUAUUUGCCAAUGCCAAUUACUUGCCAAAUAACUAUGCCAACCCCAUACUGGAGCCAAUAGCCACCACAAAUGCAUUUGCCAACUCUAUUAUACCAAAUGAAGCGAUAUGUAACAUACCAAAUACAAUUGCCAGUGCAAAUUUAAUACCAAAUAACAUUGCCAAUAUUGAGUUCACUAACGUACAAUUUACUCCUGUGCUUUCAGAAUUAAUGCCUUCUUUACAGUUUGGUGAUGUAACAGUGGCUGGGGAUUUGCCAAUCGGUGGCACUAUCAAGGUUUGCGGUUGUAUACCUGUUUAUGGCAUGAUAACGCUUGAUGGGAUCGUGCCAUCGGCUGGCACGGCCGUAGUGGUUGACUCGAUUGGCAGCCAAAUACCUGAUGGCAUACCUAAGUGCCAAUCAAUAUUUUAGUUGAUCCUAUUCGAAAUUGUUAUGUAAUGUUUUGUAAAAAUUAAGUUUCUGUCUAGAAAUGUAAAUAAAAGAAAUAAAGU